AUGGCAAGUUCAUCUCAUGAGUUUACUGUGGGAGACGAAAAAGAAUGUCUGCCCCACUACCAUGUUGAAUUGACUGAGGAUUACCUUCUGGAAUUUGAGAUGCUCAAUUCACUAUGUUCUGUGGAAAGCUAUGAUCAGUUAUUCUUCUUUUUUGAAAGUAAUAUGAAUCGUAGAAGAUUGCCAGUUCCCCCUAGCGAUGUCAUAAUCGUGAUUUUAACGCUGGCAGCGAUGGGAGAACACUACAAAGACCGUGCAUUGAGGGCCAAAGAUCCAUACAAUGUUGCUAGAGUCGGAAUCCCUGUGCGUGCCGUUAAGUUGCUGAGAGGUUUAUUACGAAUAUUGGAGGAGUUUGAAGUCGAGCUUUACGACCGAUAUGCACUAGAGCUUCUGCGAUGUCAGUUUUUGAUUGUUUCAGACCAUCUUUCACCUGCUGCUGUGAACCCUAAGACUUUCAGAAACGAAAGAGAUCCUCAGAAGCGGCGUAAAACUAACUCAGGAGUACUUCUUGAAAGCACAAAGUCUAUGAAGGACGCAGAUCAAUCGUGGUUUAGCAACAAUUAUUCAUCAUAUGUGAGUGUACUCGAUCACAAGUCCAAGAUUUUAAAUUGUACACCUUUGACCGCGAAGCUGAGUCAGGAGGGAGAGUUUUGGAACUGCGUUGCAUGGGCUCUCUACACGUCAAUGUCCGAAAAUCCGCAUGAGUAUUACUGUGGAAGAGCGUGGCUGCCAAUAUUAGAAGUCAUCUUUGAUCUCUAUGAUUUACGACACGCCUAUUUCAUGAAUUUUGAAUUAGAUAAAGAUCAGAACACCAGGGGCCUUUCUCGUUCACUGGAAAAAUGCCCCAUAUUGGGAGUUUUCAAAGUUCUUAGCUCACAAAAUCUUCAGACAGCACUCUGUGACUAUCUAUUUAUCGGAUGCAAGUAUUCUUUGAUGGGCAAAAUUCUCGUUCACUCUCCGUAUCACAAUGAGAUAGACACCUCAACGACCUAUAUUUCUCAUAAUGACGUGUCUAAUGAGUACAAGCUGAAAAAAACAAUGGCUCUCCGACGUCAAAUAUUGAGACUUUUCUUCAAGUUACUCCAAUCACUAUCACCAGGUGUAAACAUUAUACCUCAUGUUGAUGAGGACUGUUUUUUCAAGGAUUUAGCUGAAACUCUUCAAAGCUUUGAGUCUUCGGAGCAAUUGAAAUCUUUCUUUUUCACCUCUACUAUCAAUUUGGACAUAUCUUUCCUACCGAUGUUAGCUCAACAUACGUUGAAACAAAUAACUGGCCAGUUAGGAUUUGAAGUUGACAUGUUUAUUGCAGAUAAUUUGGGCGGAGAUGAUGUUGUGUUGAAGGAGCUUCUUGAGGAAUUCACAAUUGGGCUUCCAAGAUUCAAUCCUGAUUAUGAGGAGCCCAGAGAAAAGGUUUACAAGUCAAUUGAAAUUUGUGACCUAUGCGUUGUUGUAUUACUGAGAUACUUAAUCUAUGUUCAUGGAACCGCUGCCCUGAAGAAGGUGGAUGUAUUUGAAGGUUUUCUGAAAGCGGUCAAGGAUAAUGAUAAAUAUCGAGAUCUGUACGCUGAGGAAAUGAAUUGGGAAGACCUAGCACCUCCCAAACUUUACUCUCUUAUUUGCGAGUUAUUCUCUUAA